AGUGCUAAACGAACGAGCAGACAGAGAAUACAGCAAGCUGAGCGCUUCUUUCAAUCACACUCAACCUAUUCAGAGCAAUCAACAACAAUGCGGCAACCAAUCAGUGCUUCAAUUGGGCUACUUACAUUUGUGGCAAUAAAUGGAAUCUUGGUUGCGGCUCAAGUGCCCUUUCCCGGCAAAUGUCCUGAGGUUAAGAUAAUGGACACCUUUGACUUGGAAGCGUAUAUGGGCAUCUGGUAUGAGUACUCAAGGUAUCCAUUUGCCUUUGAAAUAGGCAAGAAAUGUAAUUACGCAAACUAUACGAUUGUCGAUAACAGCACAGUAUCCGUUGUAAAUGCAGCCAUCAAUCAACUCUUUGGAAAUCCAACGAAUGUGACUGGUACAGCCAAGGUCAUUGCGCCCGCCCAACUGGCAGUGACAUUCUCCCAGAAUCAGAAAGCGGAGAAGCCAAACUAUUUGGUUCUGGGUACCGAUUACGAUUCAUAUGCAGUUGUCUACAGCUGCACCAGUUUCCUCUCCCUGGCCCAUUUGAAAAUAGUUUGGAUAUUGACGCGACAACGUAUACCCACCGAGCAGGCCCUUCAGACCGCCCAAAAGAUACUGGAUGACAACAAUAUAUCGAAGGCCCUGCUGCUCGAGACCCAACAGGAGAACUGUCCCCAAUUAUCAGGCAAUGUACCCAUUUUCGAUCCGGUGGAUGGCCUUGUCGCCAAUCUUUUGCCCCAGGCCAUUGAGGCGGCAUGAGAAUGGCUAAGACGUUUCUAUCAGCGUCUCCACGAUAUAUACAUGAAUUUCUUAAACGAUUAAACGCAAUCAACAAACAAGAUAUGUACAUAAUCUAUAUUCAAUGUUAAAUAUAUAUUAAAGAGAGAAAUUACUAAUAA